UUAACAGGGUUCACACUGACGUAUGCCUAGUCCCGAUCAAUAUAUGUUCAGUAUAUAGAGCCGAGGCAUCAUGGAAGCAUGAGGCUACUUUCUGUAGUCAAAGAGAGACGAGAUCCAAGAAACAGUGUUUAAUUCACACAAAAGGUCGACUUUCGGGGAGCAGUGGCAUUGCUUGUCUGGGUUAUAUGCUACAGUUUAUGGGUCUACUGUUUAUCAGAGUGAAACGAUCUCCGUUCCAGGGGGGGCUUCUCGCUCCCAGCGCCUAGGAUUCGUUAAAAGUCGACUUUUGUGCUGCGUGCGGAGCUUCAAUUUGGCCAUCCCCUCGCCUCGCGUCAAAGGGAUACGAGAGAUUGGCAAAUAAGCACACGGCGUUUCCCCCCCACCACACACAUCCACCCAACACUCACAGGGCACAUCGCGGCGGAGCUCUCUGUGCGCGACAGACAGCGGUCGAACUUCAGACGCGCCGGAGGUCCUCUUCUGCUCUGGACCGGAAUGCUUCCCGUGGCUUUUUGUUGGCCCCCGUUGUAGUUUGUUGACAUCUAGGGAGUUACUUUUUUUUUUAUUGAGGAGGUUUGUCGACUCAUCUGCUGCCUUUUUCUUUAUUUUUCCAGUGUUUUACUCCGACUCCCUUGACUUUUUUUUCUACAAGAGGAACCGACAUGGAGAUAUACGUGUAUGCAUUGCUUUUGCAGUGUUUUGUCUGUAGUUUUGUCCCCACCGCGAUCGCUUUUUCGGAGGGGCCCAGCAGAUCGGAUUUCUGCGGUCGUAUCCUCCGGGCGCAGACACAGGGGACUCGGAGGGACGGGUACCACGAGUUUAGACUUCGGGUUGAGGGGGACCCGGAUAGAUACCAGCCGGGGAGCUCUUACAGAGUGGUCCUGCUUGCCUCCAGCCCUGCGUACUUCAGAGGCUUCACCCUCAUCGCCCUAAAGGAGGGCAGAGAGGGCACAACAGAGGGCCAUUACGCCGGUCAGUUCCAGAUCAUUGAGGAGGAGGACACCCAGUUCAUGACCAACUGCCCCCCCGCGGUGACGGAGACCACCCCCCGACGGCGCACCAGGAUCCAGGUCCUCUGGACGGCUCCCCCAGCGGGCAGCGGCUGCGUCAUACUCAAGGCCAGCAUCGUCCAGAAGAGGGUCAUCUACUUCCAGGAUGAGGGCUCCUUAACCGUGCGACUCUGUGAGAAAGAGCACGUUCCCGGGGAGGCCACGCUGCCCCCGGCCCUGGAGUGCUGUGCGUGCGGAACAGCCAAGUACAGACUCACCUUCUUUGGAAACUGGUCGGAGAAGAUCCAUCCCAAAGACUUCCCCAGACGGGCCAACCACUGGUCUGCCCUGAUCGGGGCGUCCCACACCGCGGGGUACACGCCCUGGGAGUACGGGGGCUACGCCAGCGAGGGGGUCCGGCAGGUGGCUGAGCUGGGCUCUCCCAUCAAGAUGGAGGAGGAGAUCAGACAGAAGGCAGAUGAAGUACUGACUGUGAUUAAAACCAAGGCUCAAUGGCCUGCAUGGCAGCCUCUCAAUCUGCGGGCGCCCCCUUCAGCGGAGUUCUCGGUGGACCGCGUGCGCCACCUGAUGUCGUUCCUCACCAUGCUGGGCCCGAGCCCCGACUGGAACGUGGGCCUGACCAAGGAGGACCUCUGCACCCCGGAGUGCGGCUGGGUCCAGAGGAUGGAGGCGGAGCUGCUGCCCUGGGACGCCGGCACCGACAGCGGGGUGACCUACGAGUCUCCCAACAAGCCCACGGUCCCCCAGGACAGGAUCCGACCCCUGAGCCGACUGGACCACCCCCAGAGCCCCUUCUACGACCCCCUGGGGGGAGCCAUGCCAUCGCUAGCCAGGGUGGUGGUGGAACGGAUCGCUAGGAAGGGAGAGCAGUGUAAUACCGUGCCAGACUUGGUGGAUGACAUCGUAGCCGACAUUGGACACCCGGAGCAGGAGAAUGAGGACGACGCCCCCGAGACCUGCAUCUACUCAGCCUGGUCGCCCUGGUCGGCCUGCAGCAGCGCCACCUGCGACAAGGGCCGCCGGAUGAGGCAGAGGAUGCUGAAGGCCCAGCUGGACCCCACCGUGGCCUGUCCCCGCACGCAGGACUUCCAGCCCUGCAUGGCUCCCGGCUGCGGCCUGGAGGAACCGUCCGCCUGUAUGAUGUCGGAGUGGAUCGGCUGGUCGGCCUGCAGCGCCUCCUGUGGGAUGGGCAUGCGGUCGCGGGAGCGCUACGUCCAGCAGUACCCGGACGACGGCGCCCUCUGCCAGCUGCACACCGAGGAGACGGAGAAGUGCCAGGUCAACGCCGAGUGCUCUCCCAGCAGCUGCAUUGUGACCGAGUGGGGCGAGUGGGACCCCUGCAGCGCCACCUGUGGGCUGGGAAUGAGAAGGCGAGAGCGCAUGGUGAAGAUGCCGCCUCUGGACGGCUCCAUGUGCAAAGUGGAGGUGCUCGAGGUGGACAAGUGCAUGAUGCCAGACUGCGGCGCGGCGCCCUGCAUGCUUUCCCCGUGGUCGGACUGGGGGGUCUGCAGCGUGUCGUGCGGCGUGGGGAUGCGGACGCGCCAGCGGAUGCUGAAGUCAGAGCCGGCGUCCUGCUCAGAGGAGCUGGAGCAGAUCGACAAGUGCAUGCUGCCCGAGUGCCCUGUGGACUGCAUGGUGUCCGAGUGGUCCGAGUGGUCCGAGUGCAACAAGUCGUGCGGUAAGGGCCACACCAUCCGCAGCCGCAUGGUGAAGCUGGAGCCGGGGCCCGGCGGCAGCGCCUGCCCCGAGACCGUGCAGAGGAAGAAGUGCAAGGUCCGCAAGUGCCGGGCCAAGACGAAAGAGGAGAGGGGUGGAGGUGGUGGAGGUGGUGGAGGGAAGAGGAGGCGAAGGGGCAAGCAGGGGAGAGACGCAGCAGUGGAGGAACAAGCAGGGUGCCGGAUGCAGCCGUGGACCGGCUGGACGGGCUGUACCAAGCCCUGCGGCGGGGGGAUCCAGGAGCGCUUCAUGCUGGUGAAGAAGAAAGCCAAGGUUGCCAGCUGUAAGGAUCGGAAGGAGAUCCGCGGCUGUAACGUACAACCCUGCUCCUGAGCUCAAGGCUUGCAGGGAGGUGAGGGAGGGUAUACACACGCAGUAGACAUGUGAGUUUUCAAAAUGUGUUGCUUAAAAGAUUGCCGACCAGACAACACACAUCCGUUAGAGUUGACUCGAUGCCAAGGCUGAGCUGCCGAAACACGCAUUUUAGAUUCACUUUUACAAGUUUUUACAGACGUUUUCAGGUCAAAGAGACAUUCACAAAGUAUUUUAGUAUUAUAACCACGUGCUGAGUCUGCAGAUGGUUUUAAGGGGUUAUGGAGAAGUGUUAGGCUAGCUAGUUGGCACACAGGUUAGUCCAACCCUUUUGCAGUCCCUCCCAUAAGGUCCUCGAUGAUUCCCGACAGACGUGGGAGGAAUCUCGAUGCGUGAAAACAUAUGUUGCCAGGCCCCUUCUUUAGCCUGUGAUGCAAAACGACCCUAACUCUAAAAGUGUGCUUUUUCCUUUCAAUAUCAAGUCAGACGAGACGCAAUAGCUUUCCUUGUGUGCUGUUUUGGGUUUAUGGACCUUUGCAUGGCGAUGUAUUGUCAAUGGCAAUGUAUUGUAUUGUCACGGCAAUGUAUUGUAUUGUCACGGCAAUGUAUUGUCAAUGGAAACGACUCUUUCUUAGCUACAAGUCUAAAAAAAUGUCCUUGAAAAAUAUACUUGAUACCGAUCUGUGAAUGGAUUUGAAGAGAAAUCAGGAUGUUGCAAUGCCAUAAGGGGGUAAAAUACUUUGUGAAUACGGCCCUUGGAGAUAAAUAAACACAACGUACAAAGAUAGAUUCAGCUGACCAAACGACACGCAUGAGUGAUUGCUCACAUAUUUUAUAACUGUAAUGAAUUAGCCUUUAUAAACUGUGCUGUUGUCCUUGACGGUCGUGUAAGAAGAUGUAGCACUAACCCGCGGUAGCUCCAUGUCAGAGUAGCUUGUUACAGCUCGUGUUCAGCUGAUUCUUUUCUGUUCUUUAACAAACAACGCGUUGACACACGCUUAUAUCAAGCAUUCUCUUUCAUAAAUGUCGCUGUGUACAAAGAAAACAUGUUAGUUGAGUUGUAUUGGUGUCAAUGAAAUGAUCUUUCAAAUGUUAAACAAGAAUUUGGGGACGGAUUGCUGCAGGCGUUUGUUGAACAUCAUCAUGUACCGACCAUUGUUGCUUCAUUCAGUAUACAGUGUUUUGUAGCAAAUACAUUGAUUGUGAUGAAAUGAAAGCUGUGAGAUUUGUUUUAGGUAUGAAUGAACGUACUUAAUUUGGAUAUACUGCAGAAGCCUAUUAAGAGGGGGUGCCAUCAUUUCAAUGAAAAAAAAUAUAUAUAUCCAGAAGGAAGCAUUUGUUUGAUUUUUUCCCAACAUUACAGCCCAUUAGUUUAAUUCACUUGGUAAAUCUCACUUUGUUGAUUGUUAUGCUUUCUCCCAGGUAGGUUUCUUCGCAAUUUGAUCAUGUGACUAUUUUGUAAUAAAGCAUAUUUACAAUUAAAAUAUAAAUGAGGAAAUAAAAAGAUUAAAAACCCUAAAUGGAUCUUGUUCUACGAGUGGACUACUUGGGAAUCCAUUGGUUUGACCUAUGUGGUGUAUUUACUGCUCAUGUCCACAAGAUGGCAAUAUAAUUAUUAAA